UUUAGGUCCAUUCAGAUGGCCACCGGGGAAUCUUGCAAUAUGCGUUGUUUAUGCUUUCCGUUGAAAGCGCCAUUUGCGUUGAAGAGAAAGCGGGAACUCAAGUCCCACUUCGGUUUCUCUCUCUCUAGAUCCCUGUAUAUAUAUCCCCUGCAGUUGAUUUCUCAAGCAUCAAGUGCUCACUUUUGGGUAUUUUUUUUACUGUUCUUCGAUUCUUGCCUAAGCUUGAAGAUGUCUCCCCCUAGUGAUGAGUCAAACAAACCCGAUUCUCGCCAGCCACAUCCACCCCUUAAUGAAAGAAUACUUUCAUCCAUGUCUAGAAGGUCUGUGGCAGCACACCCCUGGCACGAUCUUGAGAUAGGUCCUGGAGCACCCCUCAUUUUCAAUUGUGUGGUGGAAAUUGGAAGAGGAAGCAAGGUCAAAUAUGAACUUGACAAGAAGACUGGGCUUAUAAAGGUGGAUCGGGUGCUUUACUCAUCAGUGGUGUACCCCCACAAUUAUGGUUUCAUCCCACGCACUCUUUGCGAGGAUAGUGAUCCUAUGGAUGUGUUAGUUCUCAUGCAGGAGCCAAUUCUGCCUGGAUGUUUUCUUCGCGCUAAAGCUAUAGGUCUCAUGCCUAUGAUUGAUCAGGGUGAGAAAGACGAUAAGAUUAUUGCUGUCUGUGCGGAUGAUCCUGAAUAUAGGCACUUCACUGAUAUCAAGGAACUCCCACCUCAUCGUUUAGCUGAAAUUAGGCGCUUUUUUGAAGACUAUAAGAAAAAUGAAAACAAGGAGGUUGCCGUGAAUGAUUUCUUACCUGCUGCUUCAGCUUAUGAAGCUAUACAACACUCCAUGGACCUCUAUGCAACCUACAUAGUGGAGAGCCUGAGGAGGUAGGAUAAUGACGAGAAAGCUGAAGCGGUUGAGUUCUCAGGUGCUUUUAUGUGGUAUUUUGUGUGCUCGUAUUUGAUUGAGUGUAUGGUUAUUAUAUACAAAGUCAACAGUAUUACUAGCUCGUUUGGCUUUUGCAAACAGUGCUUUGUUACCUCACAAUAUAGUCCUCUAAUCAAGUGGAUAUAGUAAAAUAUGCCUCGCUCUUCGCUCGUAUUUUAAUUCCAAUACUUGUCUUGGCUUCUCAGCUACGCUAGAGUGUAUUAUUGCCGACUCAACAUUAAUAUAUGUAGCAAAAGGGUGUUAACACUGUA